AUGGGUUCCUAUUUCUCCAAGUCAUCAGACGAUAAGGAUCCCAUAUUUGUCUCUUUGGGAAUGGCAGCUUGCUUAUUUAGGACAGACACACUUGGCGCUCGCAUGACAGACACGGCCGCAGCUCACCCCAAAAAGGUCGGCUGUUGUGUUCUAGCAGGGAGCGAUUUCCCCGAUUCGGUGGAACAGGCCAUCGUGAGCUGGGGUAUCGCCUUGACAAUUAAACGAGACCCCUCCAGACUGUCAACUCGAGGCCUCCUCAAGUAUUCGGGAGAUAGCUUCAAAGGGAGCCAAGACGCACAUCUUCGGGCCGUCAAUUUGGUGGAUGUAUAUUCCCCCAAUCACCUUGAGUUCUUGGCUACCUUUGGCUCCGGUGACGGCCAUCGGCCAUCAACGGAGUUUGACUGUGCAAUGAUCGAAGAGUUGGUGGCUCAAGUGCUGAAAUCCGGGGUUGGAAGAGACGGAGGCGGCGCCGCCGUGAUCCGCUGCGCUGAGCAUGGCUGUGUGGUUGCCGCUCGUUCAUACUCUAUCCAAUGGUUCCCUGCAUUCCACUCAUCAUCUCGUGUUUUGGAUGCCACGGGCGCGGGAAACGCGUUUCUUGGUGCCUUCGCAGUCACCCUGAGCACUACGUCAGACCUUACCGAGGCCGCCAUCGCGGGCUCCGUUGCUGCGAGCUUUGUCGUAGAACAAGUAGGGAUGCCCCGAAGAACAAGCUCGAGCCAUGGCGAGGAGCAGUGGAACGGAGAAGCAUUCUCAGCCAGGAUUGACCGAUUUCGUACCAUGAUGGAGACAGCAGCCAAAGGAUGA